UGAAGCGUAACAAAGAUUCAAGACCAAGUGCUAGUGAAGUAUUAGAUGAUCCUUAUUUCAAGGAAGAUGAUUCACAAGAUACCGUACUUUUAUCACCAGAUAAAGAGCCAAAGCAAAACUCAUUGGAUAAUUUAUAUGAUAAACAGUUGUAUCAUGUUAUGGUCAAUAUAUCCCGUUCACUGCCUGAGUUCAUAGUCGAUCAUUACAUGAGAUUGAUGGCAGUCGUUGGUGUGAAGUCGGGUAUAGAACCUGAUUGGUCGCUAUCAAGAAGGUUUUUAGAGUUAUACUCCACCCACGCAUCAAAGAAGUCUCCACAAGUUGCUGCAAGUUAUGUGUACAAGAUACUGACUGGCCUGGGGUAUGAAGAAAUGGGUGAAUUCAGUGCAUACCGGUACCUGCAUACUGAAGUGGACAUUGACUCAAAAGUAAAUGAGAAAUUGGAAAAGAUAAUGAAAUUCAGGCCAGCUGUGAUUCAAGUUGUACGUGAACUGGGUCUUUGGUUACAUGACUAUCAAGUGGAGCGUUACCGUAUGGUUGUUACUCUACUACGUAGAACUGCUUUGGAUUCUAACAAGUCCUUUCUUGAGCUUUUCAUGGAUUUGACUCAAGAACUCGGGAAAUACCCUCUCGCUGUUGCAAUCACUGUUGGAGUCCUGGAAAGAUCUGAUUGGGGAGAUACAGGGAAAUUGAAGCCGUUUUCAUUACCAAACUUUGAUCUUAACACGUCUUAUCCUGAAGUUGAUCUCUGCCUAACAGUUGCUGGUUACUAUGGUUACAUGAGAGAUAUAGACUUCAGCAAUGCUAAGAUCUACACCUCUGUGGUUCAUCUCAAGAGCCAAAAUGUAUCCGAUAUGAGUAGAGUCCAGUUUACACGGUUACUGAUGGAGCGUGGUGUUGUUGAAGCUGGUAAUGUCUCUAAAAUUGAAGAUAAAGAUCGAUAUCCUCUCUUCUUUAAGAAAUACAAACAGAGAUGCAAAGGACCAACCAAGGUGACUGCUCCAGCAACUGAUGAGACAGUGCCAGUCCAAGAGAGGAAAGCUCAAGCCACUUCAGAUCAAAGUCGAUCAACUUCAACUGAUCAGCCAAGCUUCUUGACUGGAAGCAGGAAGUACAAGAAGUACCUGGUACUACCACACAAACCAAUAGAGGACCAACACUACGUUCACGUUUAGAAAGACUCUUUACUUUAGGGAACUUGAUAAUUUAACAUACCAAUGGCCUUAUAAGGCAGCAGUAAUACUGGAAUAUGAUUAUUGCAGUGAAAAAUUUUUAUGUAAAUUUAAUAAUUUUUAAUAAGUUUAAUUUUAAUCAGCCACUCCCUAAAAUGAAUGUAUUUCAAGCCUUCAUAAGCAGUGUCCAUCUUGAUGGGCACAACUAUGGAUUAGUGACCAUACCUCAGUUUAUUAAAGUGAUGUUGGAUUGACUAUAUGGACCAUAGCUUUAUAUUCAUCAACAGCAGCUGCUAUUAAA